CAGGCGCACCUAAACCAGUCAGUCCUCCCCCAACUCUCGCUCUGUGCGGACGUGUCUCCCUACCUCUCUCCGUCACCAAGUGAAAUUCUUCAGUGCCUUCGUCAUGAGGAUCUUGGCGGGAUUGAUGGUUUGCCUGGCCCUCGCGGCAGCCGUUCCAGAACCGCAGGGAGGCGGCCUUUUUCGAGGGCGGAAAAUAGCGGGACGACUCUCUGGGGUCGGCAAUCGACGAGACAACACCUUCGAGGAGAAACCAACGAGGAGCCGCACCGCCGCCCCUGCUGCCCCCGUUGCCGCCGCCGCCGCCACCCCGGCCCCCGCCAAGUUGCCUGAGUCCACGUCCUCCUGCAGCGAGAAUGUGUGCUCAGCCGGUUACAGCAAGUACCAGGAGCAGUGCUACAAGGUGCUCAAGACCGACACUCCUAUUGACUUCACCGCAGCCCAAAGGAUGUGUCAGGGCGAAGGCGCAGUGCUGGCAGCAGACAAGAGUCCCCAGGUCCACUCCUUCAUGAAAGGUCUACUGCAGCCUCACCUCAGCGAGAACGUCGAUUCCCAGUACCGCCGCGCCUUCAUCGGUCUAAUGUGCCAGAAUGGCUGUGACUCCCCCUCCAGUUGGCUUUACGCUGACGGCAGCGGCUGCGAGAACAACAACUUCUGUGACUGGCUCUCGGUCGGCUCCACUAAUGAAUGGAACGCCCUGCCCACCAGCCUUUACGGGGCCUCCAUCGCCGCCAUGCUGGACGACUUCCCCGACACCUCUUACCGCUACAAGCUGCAGCCCUACCCCGCUGACCACACCUUGCAGUACAUGAUCUGUCAGAAGGCCGCCGACAGCACUGAACACCUCAAGCCAAGGAAACUAUCGGUGAACGAACGACUCUCCAAUGUUGUCCUGCAGUGGAACCAACCAGCUUGCAAGGGCGAUAUUUCUUCCUACAUCCUAGUGCUCCUUGGCGGCUCCGUUUCCUACGAUACCGAGAUGAAGUGCACGACCGAGGACUGCAGCUUCACCCUCAACCCUGAGGUCUGCAACUACUGCAUCCACCCGAACACGGACUACACCUUCAGUGUGGCUGCCGUUCUCUCCGACUCCCAGCUGGGCCCUGCCAUCACAGUCAACAAAAAGAUAGAUGUGGAGACUUGCCCCAACUUCGAGACACCCUUCCACACAAUCUCCACUUGUCGCGGUGUAUCUGAAGUCAUCCAUGAUGGUUCCUGCGAAAACCAGAUCACCUGGAGCAAAGGAUCUAUGUGUGACGCUGUGUGCGAAGUUGGCUACGGAUUCUUCGUCGAACCUGCUCCCAAGUACUCGUGCGACGCAGGAGGUACAUGGAACCCCGAGGGCAAGGCUCCCGAGUGUUACGAAAUCGUCCCCGUAUUCUCUGCUAACCUGCAGUUCAAGAUUACUUAUAAGCGCGCCAGCAUCGAGAACCUGCAGCACCAGUUCGAUGGUCUUGUAUACAAGUACAAUGAUAUCUUCUGUCCUUACCCUGAGGAAUGCGGCAUUGGCGACCUCCAGAUUAAGAGCGCACUUGAUGAGGACGGAGCCAAAAUGAGCGAGGUCAUCAUCACCAUCGACACACCCGUCUACAACAUCACUGACCAGACAGGUUUUAUUGAGCUUGUGCGUGAAGCCGUGCUCACUGUCACCAGUGACAACGCCUUCAUGACCCUCAUUGAUUACGAUAACAUCGCCCUCGUCCUGCCUGAUAGAGAGAAUGAUUUCAAGGCCAAUCCUCAGCUGUGUUGUCACACUUGCCCCGAGGGCCAUGCAUACAGGCUGGGCAACUGCGUGCGAUGCCCGACUGCCGAAUGUGUGUAGAGAGCGACGCCUGUCCAGUCUUCUGCUGCAGCAGUCAGUACCUCAUCCGUCGCGUGCCUCAAGCCACAUGUAUUUGCCAGCCUCCUGCCUCCCAGUGUCCUUCGAGUGACUUGUGUCCAAUACCUCCCCCAAGGAGCCAGCACAAUCCACUCAGAAUUCUGUCUGUCCAGGAGUUUGACAACUGGAUUAAUUAAUAGUCUUAUUAUGGAACAUGACAGCAAAAUGUUUGUAACACAAUAAAAUCCAAAUCAGCGUCAAAUGUCUCGGCGAUUACCAACUCCAGUGAAAUUGUAUUAUUAUUUAAAAUUCGUACUCUUUUAUUCAAGUAAGCGAUAUGGAAUAGAUAUUAGCACUGGAUGUAAAAACUUAAUUUAAUACUAGGGAAUUUAAUUUAAGCCAAAACGUAAGCCACACGUUGGGUAUGAUUGGUACAUCGUGAUGCCCGGCGCCCGGCGGCGUGUUUCUUGCGUCAUAGGGAGCGACACUCCUCCAUUUUCAAACAUGCCUCGGUUGUUCACUAGUAAUCGCCUAUGUUUUUUAAUCACUUCGAAACAAACCUGUACUCUUUUUUUAUACAUAUAUUAUUAUAGGACUUACUAUAUUUACCACGUGAGAAAUCUUCCGCUCCGGGAGUCUCGCCAGUGUACCGAGUGCCUGCCGCCUGCCAGGCCGCCGCUGCCGCCUGGAGGCUGCGUACCUUUAAGGAAAAAUAUCCAAAUAUAUUGGUGAUGGAUGCAGCAUUGCUUCCGCGGCCAUGAGGCCUCCAGGCGGCGUGGCGCGGCGCGGCGCACCACGCACUGUGUCAAGGCCUGUACUGAGUGUUCAUUUCUCAGUAUUUUGAUAUAGAUUAGGUUGUUGUUUAAAGAACAUUAGAAUUAGGUGUAAAGUUUUGUAGGUUUUAUAACAUUGAUUUCUAAAAUUUGUAAUAUUUCCUAAUGAAAUACUCAACUCAUUUGACUAGGUAUAAUAAAUAACUUUGCGCGUAAUACGAGAAAUAGUUUCAUAGAAAUUUGAAAUUAUAUCCAUUUUAAAUCAGUUAAGAAAUAAACUCUGAAUAACUUUCAGAGCGAGUGAUGUUCUUGCGACUGUGGCGGUGCAGUUAUACUGCUGCCCCGCCUGGCAUGUUGCUGUAGUUGUUACGUGUGAGAGUUGACCGUUGUAUAUACAUUGUAUAUUUUACAUAAGAUAUCAUUAAAUGUUUCUUUCUAUACAA